AGGCUGGAGGACAGGAGGACCAGCGUCGCCAUCGGCGUGUUGGAUGAGGAGGAGAGCCGGGACACCAUCCGCCUCCAUGAGAAGGAAGAGAAGAACAUCUUGCGGUACUACCUCUUCGAGGGCAUGCGCUACAUCUGGAUCGAGCGGCGGCAGGCGUACUGUAAAGUCAGCAUCUUGGACGAAGGUUGGACCUGCGCAGAUCUCCACCUCUCCCAGGCUGGGCUCAACCAGCAAGACCAUAACACCAGAAGGAAGAUCUACGGACCGAACCUCAUCGAGGUGCCAGUCAAGUCCUACGCGAGGCUGUUGGUGGAGGAGGUGCUCAAUCCCUUCUACAUCUUCCAAGUGUUCAGCAUCGUGCUGUGGGUCUGCGACGCCUAUUACUACUACGCCGCCUGCAUCUUCCUCAUCUCCACCAUCUCCUUAGGGCUGUCCCUCUAUGAGACGAGGAAGCAAAGCGCCACGCUGCAAAACAUGGCCAAGAUGUCGGUCGGCGUCCGAGUCCAUCGCCCCAGCGGAGAGGAGAUGGUGGUGAGCUCCGCCGACCUGGUGCCGGGCGAUUGCAUCAGCCUCCCCGCGGACGGGAUGCUGGUCCCUUGCGACGCCGCGCUGCUGACGGGCGAGUGCAUGGUCAACGAGAGCAUGCUGACGGGAGAGAGCGUGCCGGUGAUGAAGACCCCCCUCCCGGCUGGCAGCCAGGCAGCCAGCACCCUCUAUUCCCCCGAGGAGCACCGGCGGCACACCUUGUUCUGCGGGACGCAGGUCAUCCAAGCCAAGUCCUACGUGGGCAGAGAAGUCCUGGCCGUGGUGACCCGCACAGGGUUUUGCACGGCCAAAGGGGAUCUCAUCAGCUCCAUCCUCUACCCCAAACCUGUGAGCUUCAAGUUCUACAAGGAUGCCGUGAAGUUCGUCCUGUUCCUCGCCGUCCUGGCUUUUAUCGGCACGCUGUACAGCAUCCUCAUCUUGGUGAAAAACCAGGUCCCCGUGGGGCAAAUCAUCAUCCGUGCCCUCGACCUCAUCACUGUCAUCGUGCCCCCAGCUCUCCCGGCUGCCAUGACGGUGGGCACCAUCUAUGCCCAGAACAGGCUGAAGAAACAGGGCAUCUUCUGCAUCAGCCCUCCCCGCAUCAACCUCUGCGGGAAGAUCCGCCUGGUUUGCUUCGACAAGACGGGAACCCUGACAGAGGAAGGUCUGGAUGUCUGGGGGGUGGUUCCGCUGGAGAACAACCACUUCAUGCCUAUUGUCCACGAGCCCCGCUGCCUGCCUGCCGGUCCCUUGCUCUACUCCCUGGCCGCCUGCCACACCAUCUCGCUGCUGCGGGCGCAGCCCAUCGGCGACCCCGUGGACCUCAAGAUGGUGGAGUCCACCGGCUGGCGCCUGGAGAUGAUGGAGGAGGAGGAAGGUGAGCUGCCAGCCUUCCAGCAGUUUGGGACGAAGGUCUUGGCUGUGAUGAAACCUCCACCCGAGGAAGAACAGCCGCGAGACAGGAAGCACCAGUCACCCGUGGGGAUCCUCCGGCGUUUCCCCUUCUCCUCCUCCUUGCAGAGGAUGAGCGUCUUGGUGAAGCUGCCCGGGGAAGCCUCAGCCCAUGUCUACGUCAAGGGGGCCCCGGAGAUGGUGGCCAGUCUCUGCAGGAAGGAAACGGUGCCCGUGGAUUUCUCCCAGAUGCUGCGACAUUACACCACGGAUGGCUUCCGAGUCUUGGGUCUGGCUUGCAAACCCCUGGGCACGGUGACCACCUUCGAGGAGGCCCUGCAGCUCCCGAGGGACUCCGUGGAGAGCAGCCUGACCUUCCUGGGGUUCCUCGUCAUGAAAAACGUCCUCAAGCCGGAGUCUGCGCCCGUGAUUCACCUCCUGAGGAACGCCAACAUCCGCCCCGUCAUGGUGACAGGAGACAACAUGCUGACGGCCGUGAACGUGGCCAAGAGCUGCCUCAUGGUGGAGCCGAAAGAGCGGGUGAUCUUCGUCAACGCCUCCCCGCCCGGCCACGACAAACCCGCCGCUCUCAAGUUCAUCCUCGCCGAGCACUCCCAGGGCGAAGAGCAGCCGGAGGGUCUGCACCAGCAGGACAGCUGCUCCCUCCAGCCGCAGCCCUACCACUUCGCGCUGAACGGCAAAUCCUUCGCCGUGGUUUGCGAGCACUUCGCCGACCUGCUGCCGAAGAUCCUUAUCCGAGCCACCGUGUUCGCCCGCAUGUCGCCUGACCAGAAAACUCAGCUGGUGUGCAGCCUGCAAGAGCUCAACUACUGCGUGGGGAUGUGCGGGGACGGCGCCAACGACUGCGGGGCCCUGAAGGCGGCCGACGUGGGCAUCUCGCUGGCGGAGGCGGAGGCGUCGCUCAUGGAAAGGGUGUUGUGGCGGGUGGGUAAAUCUCUCUUUUCCCUCCGCAGGGAGGGCAGGUGCUCACUGGUCACCUCCUUCGGCGUCUUCAAGUACAUGGCCCUGUACAGCCUGGUGCAGUUCGUGUCCGUCCUGCUGCUCUACACGAUCAACACCAACCUGAGCGAUUUCCAGUUCCUCUUCUUCGACCUGAUCAUCACCACCACCGUGGCGGUGCUGAUGGGUCGGACCGGUCCUGCCCAGGAGCUGGGAGUGGAGCGUCCCCAAGGGGCGUUGAUCAGCGUCCUCGUGCUGGGCAGCCUGCUGCUCCAAACGGCUUUGCUCAUCACCGUGCAAGUCCUCAGCUACUUCAUCACCGUCUCGCAGAGCUGGUACGUGCCGCUGAACAGCACGGUGACGGCUCCCCAAAACCUGCCCAACUAUGAGAACACGGUCCUCUUCUGUGUCACGGGCUUCCAGUACCUCAUCCUGGCCGUCGCCAUGUCCAAGGGGUACCCGUUUCGGGAGCCGCUCUACACCAACGUGCUAUUCUUGGUAGUCCUCAUCCUCCUUUUUGGCCUCAUGAUCUGGUUGACCCUCUACCCGCUGGGCUUCCCCAAAACCCUGCUGAAGCUGCAGGGCAUCGAUGACUUGAAUUUCAAGCUGCUGCUGCUGGGGAUCGCUGCCCUCAACUUCUUCGCUGCCUUCGUGCUGGAGACCGCCCUGGACCACGGCUUGCUCAGCUGUCCCCGCACGCUUC